UGUUUUCUUUGCUCCUUGAUCGAAUCGGAUCGGAAUCGGACUUCAUAAAAUUUCUAAUUUUGAUGGUGUAGUGUCGUUUUUUUCGUGAAAUUUAUCACAAGGAUCGAUUAAGUAAUGACUCGGUAAUCUGAAUAACUUAAUAGUGUAGAAAAAUUAUAAGUGAGCUUUUCGUAUAUGGCUAUAAACCCUCCAUGUUCUGCGAAAUACUUGAUGUAAAAUGGCAUACAAAAAUUAUUGUGUUGUGUUUAUAAUUUUCGCUCUAGCGAUAGUGCAGGCUGUUGGUUACGACACUGAACUGUUUGAAACACCUCCUUGCGACAGCAAUGCCUGUUUCAAAGCUUUACACGGGGCCCUUGGAGAUUGUUCCUGUAAUGUUGACACUAUAGACUACUUUAACAAUGUGAAAAUAUUCCCUCGACUCCAGAGCCUAGUCAGUAAGGACUAUUUCCGUUUCUACAAGGUCAAUUUGAAGAAGGAAUGCCCGUUUUGGGCUGACGAUAGUCGUUGUGCAAUGAAAUAUUGUCAUAUUAAAACAUGUUCAAAAGAAAGUGUGCCAGGGUAUGCUAAUGGGUAUGAAAACGAAGUUAUUGAUGAGCCGCCGGCCUCGAAAUAUUCUAAGAAAGCCAAGUCUGACUGCAGCACCGAUGCGGACCACGACCCUGCCCUCGGCUACCUCAACACCACCAUUAGUGCAGCUAGCAAGUAUGAAAUAGCAAAAUGGAAAGCUUAUGAUGAUGCAUUGGAAAACUUCUGUGAAUGUGAUGACAGAGAUGCUGAUGCAGACUAUGUAGACUUGUCCCUGAACCCUGAGAGGUACACCGGCUACAAGGGACCAUCUGCCCACAGAAUCUGGAGAAGUAUUUACCAGGAAAAUUGCUUCAGACCUAAGACUAAUCCAUAUGAAUCAUUUCCUUAUGUCUUGAGUUCAGAUUUAAAGAACCUGUGUUUGGAAAAGAGGGUAUUCUACCGAGCAAUAUCUGGACUACACUCCAGCAUCAACAUUCACCUGUGUGCUAAGUACUUGCAGUCUGAAAAGUCUGGAUUUGUGGCAUCACCUGACGGUGAAUGGGGUCCAAACUUGGCAGAGUUCCAAAACCGCUUUGAUCCAUCCAGAACAUUUGGUGAAGGCCCCAACUGGUUGAAGAACCUGUACUUCCUCUAUUUACUUGAAAUGAGAGCUUUGGCUAAAGCUGGUCCUUACUUGGAGAGAGAGGAGUACUACACCGGCAAUCCAUCUGAGGAUGAGGAGACACGAGAAGCGAUUGGAAACUUACUUGGAGUAAUCUACACAUUUCCUGAUCAUUUUAACGAGUCACUAAUGUUCAAUGGUGGUGUGCAAGCAACUACAUUGAAGAAUGAGUUCCGAGAGCAUUUUAGAAACAUAUCUCGCAUUAUGGACUGUGUGGGAUGUGACAAGUGCAAGCUCUGGGGCAAGCUGCAGACUCAGGGGCUUGGCACAGCACUAAAGAUCCUGUUCUCGAGUCGGUGGAACAGCCCAGAGAGUGACCCUGAGCAGGGCCGGCUGCCACUGCGACACAAGCAGCAUGAGCGCCUCCAAAGAACAGAGAUUGUGGCUCUGUUCAAUGCGUUUGGGAGACUCUCCAACAGUAUACGAGAGCUGGAGAACUUCAGGAAUAUGCUCAGCGCGGACAAAGAGCCCUAUUCUGAGGCGGGAGGCCUAUUCGGGGGUGGACAGCGGCCGAAGAGCGUCCUCGGGAGCGAAGCCACGCCGGCGGCUUGCACCAGCUCUGGAGGAUCCAAACCUAAGCUAUGGAGCUAGGAGUCCACAGAUACUCAAAAACGACCACUCCCACAUUCUGAUGUGAGGACAUGUACUAAAGCGGGACAGGCGCAGCUAACCACUGAUUAAUUUCUGGGUUAACUUUACUGUAGAUUAGUCAAUGUUGUGUGUGCUUUUCAUUCAGAUGGAAGGACAUUUGCAAAUAAGAAUUCGGUAGUCCCACAGGGCGAUAAGGAUAAGUAAGGAAAAUACCCAACCGAACCCGACAUUAUUUUUGUUAUUUUGUAUUCCUCACUAGAGUGAG